ACCAAAAUCAAGCCAUAGACGAGAAGAUCAGCAAGGCCACACGUCUGAAGCGCUAAGAUCCCAAAUCGAACCAGAUCAAAUACAAAUUCGAAACGGACAAAACAAGAUCAGAAAAAUAUCAAGCCGUCUUUUGGACGAUUGGAUCCUUUCCCUUUCGCCUCGUGGCAUCAUACAAACAUUUCUAAUUUCGUUUUGAACUACAUACCAGUCAGCUACAGUUCAGCGGCCUUGCCUUGUGCAUUGUUUUUUUAGUUGCAUUCGACGUAGAUUUUCUACACUCUGAGGCUUCCUUUUAUCCACCUGGUUGUGAUUUUAUCAAAGCUAAUUUCGACGCAACUAUCUAUCACUUCUUGUUGUCUUCACGCUCACGACGACUACAGACAGACUAGACGUCAUCGAAAAAUUUCGCUUCUAGAUAAGCUGCUAUAGCACCAAAGACUACUUGAAUAUUAAAUUUCGCAAAACUACAAAAUGUCGUUGAAAGGAAGCACCACGGUCGGUAUCGACAUCGGUACCAAUACCAGUAUCAUCGCAUACGUGUGUAAGAAUGGCGUCGACAUCGUGCAAAACGAGGUGUCCCAGCGGCAGACCCCGACCGUGGUCGGUUUCAACGACCGCGAGCGCCUUUUGGGGGACAGCGCCGCGACCGUGCAAAAGUCAAACUUCAAAAACACGGUGCGAAACUUCCGCCACGUCAUGGGACCACAGGCGGUCAUCGAGGAGCAGCUCACCCGGGAGAAGUUUUGGCAGUUGGCGGAGUCCUGCGACGGAUCCGAGGACGGCGCUGCGGCGUACCGCGUCAACUACAAAGGGGAAGAAAAGCAGUACUCGACCACGCAAAUCAUGGCGAUGUACCUGACAAAAAUGAAGGAAACCGCCGAAAACUGGUGCCAGAGCAGGGUAAGAACAAAAAAUCUACUGCAUUUUAAUGUGCUGGAAGACGGAGAUGAUACUAGCUUAUUGUUUGAUUCCUAUGUUCUGUUUUUGUUUUUCCGAUCUUGAUGUGGUUUGGAUUUUUCUUGCUCAUUUCCCAUCUAUCUUCUCCUCUUCGUUCACAAAAACAGGUCGUCGACGUGGUGAUCUCCGUGCCGUCGUAUUUUAACGACUUCCAGCGUCAGGCGAUGCUGGACGCUGCGCAGAUCGCGGGCUUGAACUGCCUCCGGUUGAUGAACGAACACACCGCCACGGCGCUGGCGUACGGAAUCUACCGAACCCGGGACUUUGACGUGGAGAAGCCCACCAUCACCGCGUUUGCCCACAUGGGGCACUCCAGCUUUUCCAUCUCCAUCGCCAGCUUCACACAGGGCAAGUUGAACGUCCUGGCCGAGGUGUCCGACAUCCAGUGCGCCGGGCGGGAGAUGGAAAAGUGCCUGGUCGAGCACUUUUCCGAGCAAUUCAACAAGAAGUUCGGCUGCAAUCCGCUGACCUCGAAGAAGGCUAAACUGAAGCUGGAGGACGCGGUGACGAAAUGUAAAAAAAUCCUCUCCGCCAACGACCAGGCACCCAUCAACGUGGAGUGCUUGAUGGAAGACGAGGACCUGAGCGGGUCGGUUACCCGGGAAGACUUCGAAAAAAUGUGCGAACCCCUGCAGAAGCGCGUACGGGAGGCCAUCUCCAAGUGUUUGACUGAAUCCGGGUUGGCCGGGAUUGAUGAUAUCAACUUCGUGGAAAUCAUCGGCGGGGCGAGUCGAGUACCCUGGUUCCAAAACAUCGUCAAGGAGAUGCUCGGUAUAGAUUUCGAAUAGUACUAGCUUUUGCUUUUGAUCAUGAAACAUGAACUACUUACAUCGAUUGCUUCUUUUCGAUGAAGAAAUCCAGAAAUAAUGAUGAAUGAUCGCCAGCACGCCGAGCACAGCGCUGAUGCAAAAUGCGAACUUCUUUUAUCUCUCGAUAAAAAAACCGAACAGGCCGCGACCUCUCAAAAACGUUGAACGCGGAUGAGUGCAUUGCCCGUGGUUGCGCGCUGAUGGCGGCCAUUUUGUCCCCGGCCUACAAGGUGCGAGAUUUUGCCAUCGAGGACAAGGUUCCACACGGAGUGACGAUUACCUGGAUGGGCUCCAAAACGGAUACCACCGAAGCCGACAAGGCAGACAAGGAUGGCGAUGCGCAGAUGGAAGACGCCGCACCGGUAUGAUUGUGAUUGAAGUUAUUUUUUUGAAGUUCGGAUUUUCUCUUCUUUUUCCAUUCGUAUCUAUGUCGAAAGCAGGGAAAAUCGAAUCAAUCCUUGUCCUUUUCAGACUUGUUGGGCUUAGUCAAUCACAAGCAGUACUUGCAGCUUUUACUGGAUUUUUAGACAGGAGAGAGAUGAUUUUUUUCCUCGUCAUCGCGGUCCUCUCUCCACCAACCAACCUUCCUCUCCACAAUCGAUUCCAGGUGGAAGACAAGCCGGCAUUGACACAGAAGUCAAUGGAGGUGUUCAACGCGAGCAAAGACAAGACGGAUCAGCGGCGCUACAUCACCUGGUACCGCAACGGGCCGUUCGACAUCGGAGCCCAGUACAGCCACAACCAGCAGAACAUCGGGCAGUACUCCGUGCAGCUCCCCGAGCAGCCGGAGAAGAAGAAAAUCAAGAUCGAGGCCAAGAUGAGCAUCCACGGCAUUUUCAGCGUGGACAGCGCACAGAUCGUGGAGAUCGAAGAGUACGAGGAGAUUGUCAAGGAAAAGCGCGAGGUCGUCGAGCCCGAGGUAGAGGCGCCGGCCUCCACCGAGGACGUGCCCAUGCCGGACGCAGACAACAAGGGCGGUGAGGAAACCGGCGGCGCCGGCGAGGAAAAGGAGAAACCCGCCGCAAACGGCGAGGAGAAAAAGGAGGAAAAGAAGGAUAUCAAAUGUAAAAAUGUCUGGGUCUGGAAGAAUGCAACUUGUCAUGCUGAUUUUGGAUUCUAAAAGAAUCUGUAUUGCAUGAGUAGCAAAGAGAGCCCAAGUUUUGCUACACGGAGAGAGCAUUUGUCAUGCGGUAUAGGCAUCAGGAAGCCCUCAAAAAAUCUGUGAUGCUAGGGUAUGCGUCACAGACGUCAGGGGUCAUGCAAAUGUGCAUGACAAGUGUCAGAAUCUUCCAGACCCAGACAUUUUUACAGUUGAUAAAGGAGGAGAAAAAACCAAAGUACGAGUGGGUCGACGUCAAGAAGCCGAAAAAGAGAACGAAGCGAACCCCAUUGACGGUACGUAAUUAUUUCUAGGAUAUUUGUUGACUCAUCGUCGAGAUGAUUGAUGUUCUAUCUCGAUAGAUGAAAGUUUUCAUGAUAUUAAUGUCCAUGUUUGCGUGCUUUCGUCAGUCAAUCUAAAUGUAGAUAGUAUUUGGGAUAUAUGUUGCUCUCGUUUCUCUUCCUCGAAAACUAUGUCUAUGACCACAUCCAAUGAACAGGUAAGCGUGAAGGGGCAGCCAGGCACGAGUGAGAAGCUCCUCAGCGGUUUCAAGGAUGUUGAAUCCAAGUUGCAGUCCGACACGCGCGACGUAAAGGAAAACGACAACAGGAGAAACGACUUGGAAUCCUACAUCUACGACAUGAAAGAUAAGGUCACCUCAUCCUCCGGCAUUGCCAGCGCGUAUUUUUUUGUUUUUUUUCAUGAUGAAGAUGAGUGCUUUGUUUGUUUUUUCUACUCGUACUUGUACUUGUUUAGACAGUAAGAGUAUGCGCAUGCGGGCUCGGACAGGACAAGUGGAGUAACACAGCGGGCUGCGUGGCAGAGUGCGCUGCCAAUAUCUUUAUCAUACGUAAAUCAUGCGUAUUAUACUGUUGCUGUUCGCCGUUACAACCGAACCCGGCCGAAAGAAGCAGAAGCAUCGCUGAUGUCUGAAACGUCAAAAAUUUCAUGGCAAACACACAAUAAAAUGCAGAUACAUGAAGCCGGAUGAGAAGACCGCAUUCGCAACGCAACUGCAGACCGCAGAGGAUUGGUUGUACGACCACUUUGACGCCACCACUGUCGAGCUCUGCGACAAGCUCGCCGAACUGCAGGGCAUUGGUAUGAUAUUUGUUGACCUCCGAUGAUAUCACAAGGCUAAACGCUUCACGCUUAAAAACUUCACUCCUUAAAAAAAAUUUUCUUUGGGGGAUUUUUUGGAUCUCUGAAAGCAAAGCAGCUGUUUCGAGGAGGUGAAUCGUUUGUCAGCCACGCCUAUGCUCCAACCCAAAAGGCCUCAAAAACAGAGCCACUUUCGGGCCACCAAAACUGGCCAACUUUGUGAGGUGAAUCGCUUGUCAGCCACGAGCUGAGUCCAACCCAAAACGCCUCAAAAACAUAGCACUUGUCACAAAAGCAUCGCUUUGAUGCACCAUUUCGAUGAUUUUCAAAAGUGCUCGUUUUUGGAAGCUUGCGCCGAUGCUGCGGCGGCCAAAUAUGGCCAAAGUGAAUCGUUUGUCACCGGAGCCAGUUUCUGGAUUUUUGCUGAUUCUUCGGCCGGUGCUACGCUCAAAAAACCCACAAGCGAUUCAUUUUUUUGUCAAGUCAUCGACUUUUUCACUUUUUCGCACACAAAAGUCUCCGCUUUGCUUUCAUCUUACUCAAAUGAAGACUCUUCGGGAGUUUCGCUCUCAGAAUUAUAAGCCGUGGCGUCUUCACUAGUCAACUGCCAACCUCUACCCCCCAAAGCAAGGCCCAGUCGUCCUUCCACUGAUCCAGAAGGUGCACGCGCCGCAAUGCCGUCGUCGGCACGUAGCUGCUGAUGCUGUAAGCAACAGCGCCAAACCUCACUAAAAAAAGAUUUUUUUUAGCAAGUGAAGUUUUUAAAAGUGAAGCGUUUAGCCGUGUGAUAGAUGAAUUUAAGUAAAAGCCAAGCACGUGCUCUUGCUCGUGUUGGAGAUACGAUAUAUCAAAAAGAACUUGCAUUUGGUUCGCUUUUACACCUGCUGUCCUUGUCUCUGAAUUUAAUGGCCUUUGCCUCGUUGCCGCAAUAAAGUUCCAAACUUUUUGUGGUGUGAGUAGCUAGAUGAGUAGAAAGAAUGAGCGUGAAGAAGUACCACGAGGGCGAUGCUGGCGACUGAAAUGUGAUUGAUAAGUUUAAAUUUCUCAACAACGAACAGGCAAGCCAGUGAUGAAGCGCCACCAGGACCGAGAAGACCUGAAAAACUACCAGCCGAUCUUCUCAGCAGCUCUCACGGAAGUCCGCACGGCCCUGAACAACCCAUCAGAGGAGUAUUUCAUUGAUUCUUGUGGUUGUAGCAUUUUCGUUUCUACUUCAUUUGCAGAGUCAUAUUCUUGGUUUUGCAUCUUUUGUGGUGUUAUUUUGUGGCGGCUCCGGCUCAAGAACAAGCUGAACCGUCCAACAGUAUGCGAAAUUCCGAUAACUCGCGGCGCUAGAAUAUGCGAAUACUUUUUACAACCACAAAUCACAGCUACGCCCACAUCGCAGUAGAGAAGAAGCAGCAGGUUCUCGCGGCAGUCGAACAGCUGGAGGCAUGGGGCACGGAACAAAAUUCCAAGCAAAACGCAAAGGAAAUGUAUGAGGAUGUCGACCCGGCUUUCACGGUAUUGAUUCCUAAUCUAUCAUGUUGAUGAGGCUUCCAAUAAAUAUACAAUUCCUAACCUAUCAUAGUUAGUCGAGAUACUCAUGAUCAUUCUUGCCUUCCACUUCUACUAAGUUCGUGCCGGGCCUUGUUCUAUUUUGGAAUUCGAAAACGAGAAUUUGGACAAAAACUUUUGAAUUACACGCAGGCUGCCUCUAUCCAAGCGAAGGUUGAGGAGUUGCGCAAGGAGUGCAAGAAGGUUAUGUCUGAACCGAAGCCGGCACCGCCACCAGCCCCGGUUGUGGAGACGGAGGGUGAGCACCAGGCGGACGCAGAAUCCAAGGACGAACCGAUGGCAAGCAGCAACGCCGAGGGUGACAGCACCCAGGCCGAGAACGAAGCCGAAAAUGCCGCCGCCCCGAAAGACACCACUUCCGAAGACGCCGCCCCAAAGGUGGAGCCGGAGAGCAUGCAGGUGGACUAA